AUGGGGAGCAGCCGGCGGCCACCACCGGUCGCCGAAUCUGUCGGGGAGCGGAAAAAAAAUGGAAUCGACGAUUUGGAAGGUACAAAUCAUUGCAGUUACCUUAAUCCAGUGUUUGUUCCAUCUGGAAAUCACAAUAUCUCGAUUCAGUGGAGGCUGAUUCCUCAUCGUCCUCCCGUCACAGCAACAGUGCCGUCUAAUAGCCUUUCCCAGCGGAGAGCAGCGUGGCUUGCAGUGGAGGCAGCGACGCUGGCGCAUUGUCUCCGGCGGGUCCUCCUUCAACUGCAACGCUGGCAACUUCUUCAACAGUACACCGGAAACUUCUUCUCCGGCGUGCUUCCACAACCUGGACGGCUACCAGGGCUGCGGCCGGGAGUUCAGGCUCUGCGGCAGGGACCCGGCGCUGGCGACCCCACGGCGAGGGCAUGGGUACUGGUGUCGCCAGAAGAAUGGGCGGAGGAACGGCGGGUAGUCGUCCAUGCGCACGCCGACGGCGAGCAGCACGCGCUUCAUGACGGCCUCGAUGUUCAUGAUGUGCUCCUCGUGGAGGUCCAGCAGGCCGAAGAAAUAGAGAGGAUGCAAUUGGCAGUGUUGUUGUUCCUGACGCACGUAUGCAAUGAUGAACAGCAAUUUGUUUUCAUCGACAGACACCAUAUCUCAUAA